CUUGCCAUAAAUUAGGCCGAGGCUCUUUUUCUAAUCUGAGACCUCCGGAAUCUCUUUUCACCGAUAUCCCUGGAAAUUCACUGGGUUUAUGCUCAACAUCCUCCUGUCCUGUCCUGAGCAUCUCAACAUCAAUAUUUCCUAAAUUCUUACCCCUGGACCACAGUCAGUCGGCGUUGUCUGUACGAUAUCAAAACCACUGCCGCCAACACCCAGAAACUACGCUGUUGACGGCAUUAUUAGAUAUUUGACGAGAAAACAAUCCUUUUGAUACAACGUCCCUUUGUCGCUUUGUUGCGACUGACCCGCUAGCCACUCUGCAGCAAAGAUGGUCUUCUCUUUCCUGUCGAGCAUUGUCCCGGCCUUUCCAGAGUAUACGGGACCCUACAAAGUGGGCACUGUAGAUGUCGAAAUCCCAAUAUCGAAGAUUGGCUCGGUGAGCGCAAUGCCAAACGAAGCUGAUCACAUCCACACCAUUCAGUUCAGGAUAUACUAUCCCGCUACUCCUGACACAAACAAGGAGAGCAUAACCUGGCUCCCGCCUCCUCAGCGUCUCGCUGUUUGGGCUUAUAGCCAGUUUCUUGGCCUGAGUUCCCGAGUUGCAUCCGUUCUAUCAUUCUUGCCAAGGCAUCUUCAUUACAUCAAAAUCCCGGUUCACGCAAAUGCUACGCUGUUGUCUCCUCAGUCAGCCGGUAAUCCGCAAUCUCGAUGGCCCACGAUUCUCUUCUCUCACGGACUCGGCGGUAGUCGGAAUGCUUAUAGCCAUAUUGCCGGAUCCCUAGCGUCUCAUGGCAUGGUGGUGUUCUGCCCCGAACAUCGGGAUGCCAGCGCAGCCAUAUCCAUAAUCCGCGAUCCCAGUGACCCCAAGUCGUCGCAUAUCGUACGCUGUCUUCGCAUCGAGCACAGCCAUACCCCGGAGGUUUGGGCCAAGCGCGAGACACAAAUCCGGAUUCGCGCAUGGGAAAUAGGACUUCUCAUGGAGGCGAUCCACCAUAUUGACCUUGGCAACAACGACCUCAUCAAGGCCAACCUCAGCACCCCGAGUCCCACCCCGUUGUCGGCUCUGUAUCAGUUUACUGGACAACUUGAUGUGCAUGAGCCUGGCAAGAUGGUCUUUGGGGGACACUCUUUCGGCUCUGCUACCAUAGUUCAGGUGCUCAAGAGCACAUACUAUGCAGAUCAUCCGGACAUCACCAAGUGGGAUAAUCCUCUGUUCAGGCCAGUGGAAAACUCCGCCAUCCGUCGUCAGAUCACCGAAAACACACCAACGUUCCUUCUCGACAUGUGGUGUUUCCCUAUCCUCUCGGCCGCCUCUGCCCCUCUCUUCAACUUGCCGCUUCCCGCUUAUUCCCCUACCGCUGCCUCUCCUGUCGGUGGCAACGGCAUCCUGGCCAUUGAGUCGGAGGCGUUUUACAAGUGGAAGGAGAACAUGCACAGCACAGCACGAAUUGUGUCGCCGGAUCCUUCGGCCAAGGUCGUUUCGCAGGCGGCGUUCGAGAGAUUAAGUGGAAAGGAAUCCACGAAGGGAUCAGUGACAAAGCUGAGCGAGCCUGGCGUUUUCUAUGUCCAAAACAGUGCCCAUCUCAAUCAGAGCGACUUUGGUGUGCUGUUUCCGUGGGCAGUGAAGAAAAUCUUCAAAGGAGAGCAGCCGGAGCGCAUUCUCCGGUUAAACACCCGCGCGAUCCUGCAGUUCCUGAGAGAGAAUGGGGUCAGCGCUGCGAGAACCUGGUAUGGUGACCUAGUGGAAGGCGGAACAGAGGAAAACAUUGACCUCAAGAAGGAGAAGAAGGGCGUCGAUGGAGGUAUACACGAAGAUAAGGCCAUACUUGAGAAGAAGCCUGCCAAAGAGAAGGAGGGAGACACCAAAAAUGAAGAGAACGGGGAGAACGAAUCCCUUUGGUCGAUCGAGGCAUGGAGGUGGAUUGACAUCAUCGGCAUGGGCGCAGAAUCUGGUCCUAGUGAGGCUGGAUUACAGUCCGGUGAGGCCACGGCCCAGGAGGCAGAAGAGGCCGAACGUGAUGAGGAGGAAAUGGAAGGACAGAUGGAGCCAGGAAUGAGCCAUGAUGAUGUUGCGGAGCCUGCGUCGGCAGCAACCUUCCCUAGUGAGGGCAUCACCAGGGAUACUCGCGCGGCUGUGGACGACCGCAUAACGGCUUAGGACUGCCUUGUGAUGUGAAAUUGGCUGGCCCAGCUGGAAUAGAAAGGAAAAGGAUAGACGUCGGCCCUUUUGGCACAUACCAAAGGCUACUAUACAAUCCGUAUCUGAUUCGGUAUGAGAACCUGUCUGGGCAUUUCGAAGAAUGUUGAACUC